CGCAAGGUUGGAAGGUCCCGAAAGGCCAGCUAGACUGCGGAAACCAGAAACACGCCUGGGGAGAUCUGGGGUCCCGGCGCGCAGGACUUUCCUCACCCUGAUGGGGAGCGCGCGCGGGCUUCGUCCCAUGGCCGGGACUCGGAGCUGCGGUCCUUGGGGCCCCCCCGGGGUUUGCUACCUUCUUGGUUCCUUGGUUGCCGGACUGCUUUUCCCACGGGCUGUCGCCUUCAAUCUGGACGUGAUGGGCGCCCUCCGCAAAGAGGGUGAGCCCGGUAGUCUCUUCGGCUUCUCCGUGGCCUUGCACAGGCAGUUGCAACCCCGACCCCAGAGCUGGUUGCUGGUGGGCGCUCCUCAGGCUCUGGCUCUUCCUGGACAACGGGCAAAUCGCACUGGAGGUCUCUUCGCUUGUCCCCUGAGCCUUGAAGAGACGGACUGCUACAGAGUGGACAUCGACCAGGGAGCUAAUGUACAAAAGGAGAGCAAGGAGAACCAGUGGUUGGGAGUCAGUGUUCGGAGCCAGGGGCCUGGAGGCAAGAUUGUCACCUGUGCACACCGAUAUGAGUCUCGGCAGCGAGUGAACCAGAUCCUGGAGACCCGGGAUGUGAUUGGUCGCUGCUUUGUGCUAAGCCAGGACCUGGCCAUCCGUGAUGAGUUGGAUGGUGGGGAGUGGAAGUUCUGUGAAGGGCGCCCCCAGGGCCACGAACAGUUUGGGUUCUGCCAGCAGGGCACAGCUGCUGCCUUCUCCCCUGACAGCCACUACCUCCUCUUUGGGGCACCAGGAACCUAUAACUGGAAGGGCACAGCUAGGGUGGAGCUCUGUACACAGGGCUCCGUGGACGUGGAGGACCUGGACGACGGGCCCUAUGAGGCGGGGGGCGAGAAGGAGCAGGACCCCCACCUCAUCCCGGUCCCUGCCAACAGCUACUUUGGGUUGCUUUUUGUGACCAACAUUGAUAGCUCAGACCCUGACCAGCUGGUGUAUAAAACUUUGGACCCUGCUGACCGGCUCCCAGGACCAGCCGGCGACUUGGCCCUGAAUAGCUACUUAGGUUUCUCAAUUGACUCUGGGAAGGGUCUUGUGCGUGCGGAGGAACUGAGCUUUGUGGCAGGGGCGCCCCGUGCCAACCACAAGGGUGCAGUGGUCAUUCUACGCAAGGACAGUGCCAGCCGCCUGGUUCCUGAGGUUGUGUUGCCUGGGGAACGUCUGACGUCUGGCUUUGGCUACUCAUUGGCUGUGGCUGAUCUUAACAAUGAUGGCUGGCCAGACCUGAUCGUGGGUGCUCCCUACUUCUUUGAGCGCCAAGAAGAGCUGGGAGGUGCCGUGUAUGUGUACAUCAACCAAGUUGGUCGCUGGGCACAGGUCACCCCACUUCGGCUCUGUGGCUCCCCUGAUUCCAUGUUUGGGAUCAGCCUGGCUGUCUUGGGGGAUCUUAACCAAGAUGGCUUUCCAGAUAUUGCUGUGGGAGCUCCCUUUGAUGGGGAUGGCAAAGUCUUUAUCUACCACGGGAGCAGCGCUGGGGUUGUUGCCGAACCUUCACAGGUGCUGGAGGGUGAGGCUGUGGGUAUCAAGAGCUUUGGUUACUCCCUGUCUGGUGGCCUGGAUGUAGAUGGGAACCACUACCCCGAUCUGCUGGUGGGCUCUCUGGCCGACAUUGCUGUUCUCUUCAGGGCCAGACCAGUCCUGCACGUCUCCCAUGAGGUUUUCAUUGCUCCACAGUCCAUUGACCUGGAACAGCCCAACUGUGCUGGUGGCCGCUCAGUUUGUGUGGACCUACGGAUCUGUUUCAGCUACAUUGCAAUGCCCAGCAGCUACAGCCCUAUUGUGGCCUUGGAUUACAUGUUAGAUGGGGACACAGACCGAAGGCUCCGAGGUCAGGUUCCCCGUGUGACCUUCCUGAGCCGUAGCCCAGAUGACGCCAAGCACCAGGCCUCAGGCACUGUAUGGCUGAAGCACCAGCAUGACAGAGUCUGUGGAGAUACCAUGUUCCAGUUGCAGGACAAUGUCAAAGACAAGCUUCGGGCCAUUGUGGUGACCUUAUCCUACAGACUCCAGACCCCCAGGCUCCGACGGCAGGCUCCUGGCCAGGGGCUACCCCCUGUGGCCCCCAUCCUCAAUGCCUAUCAGCCCAGUACCCAGAGGGCAGAGAUCCACUUCCUGAAGCAAGGUUGUGGUGAAGAUAAGAUCUGCCAGAGCAAUCUACAGCUUGUCCAUGCCCGCUUCUGUGCCCGGGUCAGCGACACAGAGUUCCAACCUCUGCCCAUGGAUGUGGACGGGACAACAGCCUUGUUUGCACUGAGCGGACAGCCAGUCAUCGGCCUGGAACUGAUGGUGACCAACCUGCCCUCGGACCCAGCCCAGCCCCAGGCCGACGGGGAUGAUGCCCACGAAGCCCAGCUCCUGGUCACCCUCCCAGCCUCACUGCACUAUUCAGGGGUCCGGGCUCUGGAGCCUGCGGAGAAGCCGCUCUGCCUGUCCAACGAGAAUGCCUCUCAUGUUGAAUGUGAGCUGGGGAACCCUAUGAAGAGAGGUUCCCAGAUCACCUUCUACCUCAUCCUCAGCACAUCUGGGAUCACCAUUGAGACUACAGAGCUAGAGGUGGAACUUUUGUUGGCCACGAUCAGUGAGCAGGAGCUGCACCCGGUCACUGCUCGAGCCCAUGUCUUCAUUGAACUGCCACUGUCUAUUGCGGGGGUGGCCACACCUCAGCAACUCUUCUUCUCUGGGGAGGUGAGGGGCGAGAGUGCCAUGCGAUCUGAGCGGGACGUGGGCAGCAAGGUCAAGUAUGAGGUUACGGUCUCCAACCAGGGCCAGUCACUCAACACCCUGGGCUCUGCCUUCCUCAACAUCAUGUGGCCCCAUGAAAUUGCUAACGGGAAGUGGCUGCUAUACCCCAUGCGGGUGGAACUGGAAGGCGGACAGGGGCCUGGGCGGAAGGGUCUCUGUUCCCCAAGGCCCAACAUCCUCCACCUGGAUGUGGACAGCAGGGAGAGGAGGCGGAGGGAGCUGGAGCAGCCUGAGCAGCAGGAGCCUCGUGAGCAGCUGGAGCCCAGCACGUCCUGGUGGCCGGUGUCCUCUGCUGAGAAAAAGAGAAACGUCACCCUGGACUGUGCCCGGGGCACGGCUAAUUGCGUGGUGUUCAGCUGCCCGCUCUACAGCUUUGACCGCGCUGCUGUGCUGCACGUCUGGGGGCGCCUCUGGAAUAGCACCUUUCUGGAGGAGUAUACAGCUGUGAAGUCCCUGGAAGUGAUUGUCCGAGCCAAUAUCACAGUGAAGUCCUCAAUCAAGAACUUGCUGCUCAGAGAUGCUUCCACAGUGAUUCCAGUGAUGGUAUACUUGGAUCCCAUGGCUGUGGUGGCAGAAGGAGUCCCCUGGUGGGUCAUCCUCCUGGCCGUGCUGGCUGGUCUGCUGGUGCUGGCACUGUUGGUGCUGUUGCUGUGGAAGCUGGGAUUCUUCAAGCGGGCAAAGCACCCCGAGGCCACCGUGCCCCAGUACCACGCGGUAAAGAUCUCUCGGGAAGACAGACAGCAGUUCAAGGAGGAGAAGACAGGCACCAUCCUCAGGAGCAACUGGGGCAGCCGCGGGUGGGAGGAUCCCGAUGCACACCCCAUCCUGACUGCGGAUGGACACCCUGAGCUGGGCCCUGAUGGUCAUCCUGCACCAGUUACUGCCUAACUUCCCUUGUCCAAGACUGGAUUGUGGAAUUCAGGCGUGGUGACUCACACCUUUAAUCUCAGCACUUGGGGCGGGGGACGGUGCAGAGGUAGGAGGAUUGCUGUGAGUUUGAGGCCAGCCUGAAACUAUGGCGUGAGUUUCAGGUCAGCCUGAGCUAGAGUGAGACCCUACCUUGAAAAAAAACAAAAUAAAACAAAACAAAAAACAAAAAACAAAACAACGAAAAAACAAGACUGAACUGUGAGUCCCUCCGCCCUUUCCCAAGAUGGCUCUUUGGGAUGAAGAACGAAGAGUGGGCUGCUGGUCUUGUGAGCCUGUACAAGCAUCAAGUGGUGAGAUCUGCUUCCUCAAGGGCACAGAUCCCUCUCACCCAGAAGAACCACCCCUCCAACUCUGCCUUCGAAUGUCAUGAGAUGAGAGAGGGUAAACAGGGAUGAGCCACGGGACAGGGCUGGAAGGGCAGGCAAGUCCUGUUGCAAGGAGGGGAGAAAGGGUCCUGAUACUCCGUCUCCCACUCACCCAUGUAACCCAUCUCCCCGAAAGUGCCUUAUCCAGAGAGGAUCGGGGAGGAGGUUGUGCCACUGACUCAGGGGUUCUUCCCUUCCCAGAUUUCCCUGUCUCUUGACUUUAGUUUGCUGUAUCAGUCUAGUGGGUGUUGUCUAUUUAUUAAAAACAAACAAAA